UAUGUUGGUCCAUGAAAUCGUAAAUCAGUUCUACAGCGAUAUUCUAAAAAAGGCAAGAGAGCGCGGGUUAAUAAUAGUUACUGCAAUCGACGUUGAUGCUCUAUGUGCAACUACUAUUUUAAAAACUCUUUUGACUAUUGAUCAAAUACCUUUCUCUGUAUACCCAGUAGCGAAUAGACAUGAGUUUGAAGUGUACUAUAAUGAGAAAUUUGAAAAUGAAGAAUCUGCAAUAAUUUUAUGCAUAAACCAUAGUGCCGAUUUUGAUGUACUCUCCACUGUUAUGAAUGAUACCGUUGAAUUUUGGAUUAUUGAUAGCCAUAGGCCUAUAAAUAUUAACAAUGCAUAUAAUGCAAAACAAGUUAAAAUCGUCUGCAAACAUAAAGACGUUGGUGAAAUCCCAACUUAUCAAGAAGUCUUUGAGACUGAAAGCGAUGAGGAAAAGGAUAGUAACGACGAAUUGGACGAAGGUCUCGAAGAAGAUAACGACGACGAAAAUGAUUAUGAUAAUUCAGCAAAAGCUGGAGAGAAGAGAAAGGGAUCCAAUAUGGGUGAAAAAGCAUCUAAGCGAAGUCGAAUGGAGAGUCAUUUGGAAAAGAAUAUAAGAAAAAAAGAGUGGAGAGCGAAGCGAGAUCAAAUUUUAAUGGAUUACGAUGAAUUUUCUUUUUUUGGAACUUCGGUUGCCUUGUUAAUAUGCGAAUUGGCAAUUAAACUGUCAAAAGAAAGCAACGAGAUUCUUUGGCUGGCUCUUAUUGGACUAAACUCGCAGUAUCUUGAGAGUAAAAUUGAUCGUGAUUCCUAUAUGGAGGGCAUCGCUUAUCUUAAAGGUCAUGUUGGUCGUUUAAAUAGAGAAUGCGAAGAAACUGAACCAAAUCUGAGCAUAUCAUUCUCUAAUGAAUUAAUUCUUCCUUUAUUAAGACAUUGGAAUGUUUAUGAUUCUAUGUAUAAUUCUUCAACAGUGGCUGCAGCCUUUUGUCUUUAUAAUCAUGAUGGCAGAAAUAAGUUAAAUGGGUUUCUAGCAGAUUUAGGUUUACCCGUUUCUCAAUGCCAAAAGUCUUUUGUUGCCAUGGAUCUAAAUGCCAAGGAAAAUUUUGAAAAUGAAUUUAGAGUUCAACUGAAUAGAUAUCAACUUGAAGAAUCGGAUUUAUUUUUGCCAUCCUUUUUGGCUAGUUUCAAAAUGCAUGGAAAAUUCUCUGUUCUAGAUUUUUAUUAUCUUAUAAAUGGCUCUUUAUAUAGAGAUUUGAAAGUCAAUAGUGAGGAAACAGAUGAAACUUUAGCUCAUUCGUUCUACGCAGCAAACAACGCCAGAAAUUUACUUGAUUUCCUGACACUGAAAUCAACAAACUUAAUAAAAGAGGCAGUACCUCAGGGAAUAGAAUUGCACUCAAUUAUAAUGGAAACUGUGAGAUCCUUCAUUAGCAAAGCUUUAGUUUGCGGCACGUCGUCUUUCCUUUAUGUAUCUCUACCGCAAGAUGACAAACAUAUCGUUCUCUUUCAACUUCCUGUGACUAUAUCUUGUUUAGCGAGAUACACUCUGGAAAUCUAUGUUAGAGGAUUACCCUCACGGAAUAAGAGAUUUCGUCAAUUACCCCUUAUACUGCGUGUUCCUUGCUUAAAUAGUGGAGAUUACUAUUGCGGAAUUCCACCAUAUGAUGACACAUCUUGUAAAAAUGUUAUCCAUUCUGCUUUCGAUCAAGCAUCAAAAGUAAUUGGAUUUGAACCUCUGAAUAAGUUGUUUGACAGGAAUAUGGUGCUCAUUCGUUCCGAAGAUCGGUCUAAAUUUUUAGAUACUCUCGCAACGCUCUUAGCCUAA